GAAAACGAAGGUGGGGUACAAUACACUGAACCAGAAACCAUUUUAUUUUAAUUGCAACCUUUUCUUCACGUUCUUUCUGAACUACACAAAAGAUACAGUUUCGUUCUUUUCUCUUCUUCUUCUUCUGCUAUCUAGGUUUUGCCUUCUCCGAUUCCGAUUCCGAUUCUGAAACUUCCAAUGCUUCUCUGAGCAACUCCGAUUCAUUCGCAUUGGAUUCUUUUCCAUGGAGGAGACUUCUUACACUGGUCUCCCUACUAGCCACUUGCUCGGUUCAGUUCCGGCUGUCAUAGUUGAAGAAGAUAAGACUACCAAACAUGUGGUUACCAAUGGAGGAGAUAGAGGACGAGAAGGACAUCAAAAUCCUGGCGUUCCUACUGAAGCCUUUGAACAACAGCCAUCAAACAACUGGAGGGGAUUCUUUAGUGUCUCUUCUUAUUCACAGUAUUUCGAUGUAGAUACAGAUGCUGUUAUGACAAGAUUGAUAAGUUCCUUCAAUCCAGUUGGUGGAGACUUUUUCAGCAAGAUAGAUGCCAACCCUGAUUUAUACGGGCUCAUAUGGAUCUCAACGACAUUGAUUUUUGUACUUGCCUCACUUGGAAAUCUUGCCACAUUCCUUAUGCAAAAACAUGCAGAUAGCGGAACCUCAUGGACCUUUGAUGUUAGCUAUAUGAGUACGGCUGCAUGGUCUAUCUAUGGUUAUGCACUAGUGGUCCCAAUGGCAUACUAUUUCUUCCUUCAGUAUAUGGGUUCAAAGGCUAGCCUUAUAAGGUUUUGGUGCAUGUGGGGAUAUUCUCUUUCCAUUUUCAUCUUCUCUUCGUUUUUGUUGAUAAUUCCAGUUGAGAUUCUUCGGUGGAUCAUAACACUCCUUACUGGUGUUGCGUCAGCUAGCUUUGUUGCCUUAAACUUAAAAGCUUACAUUGAAGGCAACGAUUUUUCAGUGGCAAUUAUUGCCGCCUUUUUCUUGCAAAUAGGUCUGGCAAUCUUCAUCAAGGUUUGGUUCUUUGCAUAGAAAUAUGCAUUGUAAUAGUGAAUAAUAAGUCCCUACUACCUUUGUUAGCCCGCUCCAUUGACUAUGUGAGUGGAGUCUCUGCAGCAGAUUUGGCUUGUUUUUGUGGAUUUACUAGAAUGGGAUUGGAAAGGAUUGCAGAGUAAUGAUCUCCGUAUCAUUUUGACCUGUUGCUUUGUGAAGACUAAUAUUUUGGAAGAAAAAAAAGAACAAUAGUUGAGUGUAAAAUUUAAGUCUAAAUGUUUGAAAUUUUUUGCACAUCUGUGUAAAUAUACAUCUUCAAGUAAAUCUCUUUUUUUGACUGAA